UAACGUCAUGCUCAGCAAUAGAAAGGGAGAGGAGGAGGCUUGGGGAGAUUAGCUAUCCCUAGCUCAGGAACUGUCUGGACAUGGGUCUAUGCGUGGGAGGUGAUGAAGGAUUGUCUUUGUAGCCCUUGCUUUGUUUUCUUUCUCCUUCUGCUUCUCUUUCGCUUAUUAAGCAAUUUUUAUCUUGACCCUCAAGUUGUCUUGCUUUUACUCUUCCUUUCCUCUUUCUGCAUCCCACUGGGGGUGAGGGGGAAGUGAGCUGCCCACCUGGGUUAACCCACAGCACUCACCACAACAAAAAUCUUUAGUUAUAUUCAGAUGCAGUUGUGACCUUUACCUGUGCCAGUUAAGCCAGAGUAAUAGACAACAUUUUUGUUUAAUGCUCACCAUGCUCAGUAGACUUUAUAUAAUAGUUCUGCAGUUAGUUCACUGGGUUUGAGUUAAAAUUGUUUAUGCUUCAAGAAGAUGUUAGGCAAUAGCAAGACAUGCUGUGCUAGUCAGCACAGUGAUUCUUUUGGAUCAUUAACUUAGCUGUCAGAUUUGCAUGCUUGUGUAUCUCUUGUGUCUGCAAACUUGGGUGUAGUUGCUAAAGCCUGCAGCGGACAUCCUGAUUGUUUGAAUGAUCUACUGUUUGGAGUUUUGGCUGGGAAACUCCAGUGCUGGAAGAGGAUGGGAAUUUGUGUUCUGCUGGAAAUCCGGCUGCCUAGAGCUGGGAGGGGGAUGCUGCCUCCUGAUGUGAAACAGGCAGCUCAGUUCUAAAACUUCUCAGCACAGUGCAUGUUUGAAAGUCCUUUUAAAAUGUAUGUUGCAAUUGGGGGUCUUUUGCUGUAUUGUGGGAAAAAUAAUCCUUGUAAAUGUCUUUCAUUUGUAAUUCUACUUUAAGUAGAUUCCAAGGAAGAGUAAGGUAAAUAUAAUCCUGGGUAAAAAAUCCACCCUAAAUAGAAGCAGAACCUUAAAAAAAAAAAAGCUUGAAAUUUGACUAUGAUUUAGAAACCCACAGGUUCAUGUGUAUUCUUACAUGAAGAAGCUCCUUUGUUGUUGAGCUAUUUUGGUAUUAUUCUUGGUGAAAAUAGUUUAUCUAACCUUCUGAUGUUAAAGAGUUGAAAGAUGAAAGAAUUGACAAAAAUAAGACGUAGAAUACUCAUUUAGCACUUGCUUUUUAUUCUUUGCACUGUUGCUCUAUAUUUUUCCUUUUCUUUACCUUGGUAGUGCUCACACCAUGUCGUGUAAAAAAAAAAAAAAAAAAAAAGUGCCACUUACGCUAUGAGUACACUUGAUUUGCUGUUUGGAUAAGUAGUAUUUUUAAAAUAUACUGUAUGCAUAUUGCUCAAUGAAGUGACGGUUUAAUUUGCCUAGGAUAAAUGUUAUAAUUACUCCUUUAAUGUGAGUGAUCAUCAUACCUCCCUCAUGUAGAUGAGACCUAUUUUUCUUCAGUUUAGUUCAUAGCUGGGAGUUUAUCCUUCCCUGGAAUUAGGGAGGUGAUGUUUGGAUUGCAGACAUCACCAUAGAGUGUUUAUUUGUUUAAUUAAAUAAGACAUAACAUCUGACAAGUCUGUUUCCAGUCAGCCUGAAGCAGCCUGGAUCUGAGCUUUCUAGUUGCACCUGGUUCUGCUGAUUCUCAAUGUUUCAGGUUCAUCACAAGGAGUCCUCUAGAGAAAAUAGGAUGGAUGCCAUGGAAUAUGCACAGGUUAUGAGACAAGAAGGGAACCAGGAUUUUAAAAAUGGGAAUUACUCCUUGGCCAUUAGAAAGUACGAUCAAGCUCUACAUAUGCUCAGUUGUUUAAUGCAGUGGGUCCCGUGUUCCAAGGACAUAGCUGUGUUACACUGCAACAAAUCAACUGCCUUGUACAGUCUUGGUAAAUGGAGAGAAGCAGUGGUUUCAGCCUGCCAGAGCUUACACUGGGAUCCGGAGUAUGUUAAGGCUUACUAUAGAGCUGGCCACUCAUUGAUCAUGUUAUCAGACUCUUAUGAGGCGAUUUCUAUGUUUCAUAAAGGUUUGAUUCUCCUGAGUGCUUCUGCAGAUCGAACUCAGGUUGCUGAUUUUGUAGCUGGAAUCUUCAUAAGUAUCAACGAUGAACGAGUCUUUCCACCAACUUUUCCCCCUGCAUAUGAUUAUAUUUUCAGCGCCAGGUUUGAUGCGCUGAUUUGGCAAGCGGUGAUAGAAAGGUUGGCCCAGAAAGGGAAGUGGCGGUCUUGUCUGUUAUUGUUGUCUGAGAAGAAAGAGUUGCCCACCAAUCUCAGGGUCACCCAGUUAUCACUGAAGAAUCUCUUUGAGACUUCGGAGUUGUAUGGUCAUGGUGAGAAGAUGCAAGAAGUAGCAGAGUUAGCCAAGUGGCUAAUUUCCAUUGGGGCGAAAGUUGAAACCAUUGGAGUGUAUCUGCUUCAUGCCGUUAUCAGACUGUGUAUCAAAGCAAGAAAGAACCAUCUCUUCAGGUGGUUAUUGACUCAGAGGCCAGACUUGAAGGAUAGGAUCAACCAGCAAGACAGAGAUGGAUGCACUCUUCUGCAUAUUGUGGCAUCUUCCAGUGAAUAUUCCCAGAAACGCAGCCAAACAGAAGAUGUGAUCAUGCUCCUGAAUUUUGGGGUCGAUCCCACUGUUCCAGAUGCACGGUCAAGAUAUGUCAUAGAUAUCUUGAAAAAGAACAAAAACUUCGAUGCUGUAAAAGCAGUCAGCAAUCACAUUGAGAAACACACUUCCUCUGAGAAACGGACAGGGGGGAGUGAAAGCAGAGCCAUAGCAGAUACAGAUUCUUUCCUGGAUGUUCUUGAACAGUUUGUCCAGUUCUACAGGUUUGAAACCGGAGCACAUAAUAAAAAUGUAUUGAAGGAAGAUGCAGUUAAGCGAUUUCUGAAACUGCUGUCUUCGAUGCAUGAAAUCCCUGAAGGGGUGGUUUGCAACAUCUCCCAUGCCUGUGCUAGCAGCUUCAUAAAACAGUUGCUGGAGAAGCAAAUGUGGCAUAAAGUUUUGCUGCUGCUCACAGGGAAAGCCAGUGGGGAAGAGCCAUCAAGUGGAGGACUCUUCAAAAACUGCAGUCUUUCAGAUGUUGACAUUGGCAACGUUAUCCAACGGUGUGACAGAUCAGAUAAGCAAGUGAACCUCAUAAAAUGCUUGCUUGAACGAGGAGCUCUGCCAGAUGGGGUUGGAACCAGCUCUGAAAUACCACUGCAAAUAUGCCUCAGAAAGAAUUAUUUUGAACUGGUAUAUUUGCUGCUGACCAAAGGUGCAGAUCCUCAAAAUGUCUCUAUUGCACAAGGAGAUACUCCUUUGCAUGCUGCAGUUUCCAUCUGUUUAAAUAACAGAGAUAGCACUGGCCUAAACAUCCUGAACUAUCUACUUGAUCUCUUUGCUUCAAGACCUUCUGACUUUCCGUGUCUUAAUCCAAACGUACAAGAUGAGAAUGGAAAUACAGUGAUGCAUGUUGUUUUUCAGAGAGGAUUUUCAAAGCAGGCUAAGAGAAUAAUGGAGUCAUUGGCAAAAUUCGAUGUUAACUUUAAUAUAAAAAACAAAUUAGGAAGAGAUGUGAGGCAUAGAAUUAAAAAAAAUGACCCACUGCUACUUGCCUGGAAUAAUGCUGCACUGGAGAAAAAGAAGUACCGGCAUGAUAUAGCAGGGCAGUCAGUUAAAACAUCUAAGCCUGUUCCAGCCUCUGAAAUUUCACAGCCAAAGAGCACAGGGCGUUCUUCAUCUGGGUCCUCAUUAAAGGCACCAUCUGGCAAUGCAGCGCAUAAUGAUUUAAAAACCCUGUGUUCUGUAAAGACAAAAAAAGAUCAGUUGGCAAAGCAGGAAACAGAAAGAAUAAAUAGCCCCUUAACACUGCAGGAAAGUCUAGUGCAGGCAAUCACAGCUUUAAUUCAUCAAUUGAAGUUGGGUGACCCUCUGAGAAAAGAUCAUUCUCUGGUACAGAAGUCAUCUUCAGCCCAGACUAAUUUGGAAGAGGGAAGAAGUGAGUCCUCGCAACCUUCUGGAAGCAUAGUUUAUCCUGCAGGAAAAGGAGAUGAUUGGGACAAAAAGAAGGGAGCAGGGGAAUUUAGUAUGGCCCUGCCCAGUGAAGAGAAGGAAGAACCAGAAGAAGAGAAGGGGAAGAUUCUGGAUAUUGAGGCAUAUGUACAGGAGUUUGAUAACAUGACCUGGGAAAUAGAGUGCACUCCUGAAAUGCUGAAGACGUUGGGCAGCAAAGCUGUCCCUCAUUAUCUGAAAACUAAAACUAUAAUGACAAUUAAACAGCUUGGCAAUGGGGAAUGGACUAAGGGCCUUCAGAAGCCACUGAAACACUUGAAAACUAAUAUUCAGCUGUAUGAAGCCAAGUUGGGCAAAGGUGCAAGGAUGCUAUGGGAACUUGCAAUUGACUUUUCUCCUCGUUGCAGCGAGAGUGCAGAGAAGAUCAUGGAGACAGAACAGACAAACAGUCUUCCAGAAAAAUCAGGUAGAGUUUACACAGAAAUAAUCAGAAUUUGGGCCAUUGUUCUCGACCACUGCAAGCUGAACCGUGUCUUAGAUAAUAUAUGUAUUUCCUACAAUCGUGGUUUAUCCUGCAUCUUGAGGAAAAAGCUCAAGGGUAUAAACGAAGGACAUCAGAACCACAAUGUGACAACACAGAAGCGUGUUCCACGUUGUUAUGUUGAAGACCCAGAGGCAGAAAAAUCAAAAGAACGUACCAUACCCGAGUAUUUCCCUCCAGCCAGUGCAGCAGAAUUGGAAUACAAUAUAAUGAAAUUUCACAGCUUCAGCACUAACAUGGCGCUUAACAUUAUAAACGAUGUACAUUCUUCUGUUGAAUACCCUUUCCGAGUUGGGGAGUUGGAGUAUGCAGUAAUUGAUCUCAAUCCAAAGCCCAUGGAACCAAUCAUUUUGAUUGGACGAAGUGGGACAGGGAAGACGACUUGCUGCUUGUAUAGGCUUUGGAAGAAAUUCUAUUCAUAUUGGGAAAAAUCCGCCUUGGCAAAUGGUCCUCUGCUGGAGAGGCAAACAUGGCAGCAAAGACCAUGCAGUGAGGUUGAAAAAGCUAGGUUAGCAAAUGAAGAGAAUGAACUAAAACAGGACAGUGAUGAUUCGAGUGAGGAGCAGGUGAGCGAUGGGCCAGACCAGGACAGUGAGGAUGAAAAUGUUCCUGCGGGUGCAGCUGGUGCAGAAAUGAAUUCAUGUGAUGACCAUGAAGGACACCAAAUGUGUGACGCAGAAGCAGACAGGCUGGAGCACCUGCAUCAGAUCUUUGUGACAAAAAAUCCUGUCUUGUGCCAAGAAGUUCAGAAGAAUUUCAUUGAACUUAGCAAGUCUUCCAAGGUAACCAGUCACUUCAAGCCUCUGGAGCCAAAUGUUCACAAGAUACAAGACAUUAAAGAUGAAAAUUUUCCGCUGUUUGUCACCUCCAAGCAGUUGUUGCUGUUAUUGGAUGCAUCCAUGCCCAACCCAUUUUUUCCAAGAAAUGAGGAUGGAAGCCUUAAAAGAACCAUUGUUGGUUGGACUCCUCAGGAGGACUUGGUUAUACCAAAUUGGCAGGAUGAGGAUGAAGAAGGUGAUGUUGAAGCAGAACAUGGUGAUGAUGAAGGAGCUGCAGAUGCGUACUCUAGGGAAAGUGAUCCUCGGACUUUUGUGACUUAUGAUGUAUUUGCAAAUGAAAUGUGGCCAAAAAUGAUAAAAGGUAAAAGCUUGUACAAUCCAGCACUGGUUUGGAAAGAAAUAAAAUCAUUUCUGAAAGGCUCUUUUGAGGCACUGAGUUGCUUUGGGGGUAAACUUACUGAGGAGCAGUACAAAAAGCUAGGCCGAAAGAGAUCACCGAACUUCACAGAAGACAGGAGUGAAAUCUAUCACCUCUUUUGUCUUUAUCAGCAGAUACGAUCACAAAGAGGUUACUUUGAUGAAGAAGAUCUGCUGUAUAAUUUAUCUCAAAGACUUUCAAAGCUCAGGGAGCUGCCGUGGUCCAUCCAUGAGUUUUAUGGUGAUGAGAUACAGGAUUUCACCCAAGCUGAGUUAGCACUGUUAAUGAAAUGCAUCAAUGAUCCUAAUGCCAUGUUUCUAACUGGUGACACUGCCCAAAGCAUAAUGAAAGGAGUUGCUUUUCGUUUUAGUGAUCUGAAAUCACUGUUUCACUAUGCAAGCAAGAACUCUGUGAACAAAAAGCAGCGUGUUAGAAAACCAAAAAGGAUCUAUCAGUUGUACCAGAACUACAGGUCCCAUUCAGGUAUUCUCCAUUUAGCAUCUGGAGUGGUUGAUUUGCUUCAGCAUUACUUCCCAGAAUCUUUUGAUCGGCUUCCUAAGGACUGUGGUCUCUUUGAUGGACCAAAACCUACAGUCUUGGAGUCCUGCAGUGUUAGUGAUCUAGCAAUUCUGCUGAGGGGCAACAAAAGGAAAACACAACCCAUUGAAUUUGGAGCACAUCAGGUGGUAUUAGUGGCAAAUGAAACUGCAAAGGAGAAGAUACCCGAGGAACUUAGUUUAGCACUUGUACUGACAAUUUAUGAAGCAAAGGGCUUGGAAUUUGAUGAUGUACUCCUUUACAACUUUUUCACAGACUCAGAGGCUAGCAAGGAAUGGAAGAUAAUUUCUUCUUAUACUCCUGAUUCAGCUGUGCAAGUAGGAAGCAAAUUGCUAAUCGAAAUGCCUUUAGAGGAUGCUACUGGUAUGCCGAAAAGAACUCCUUUUAAUGUAGAAAUGUACAAGAUGCUGAAUGGAGAACUAAAGCAAUUGUACACUGCUGUUACAAGAGCCAGAGUCAAUCUUUGGAUCUUCGAUGAAGACAGUGAUAAACGGGCUCCGGCUUUUAAGUAUUUCAUCAAAAGAGAAUUUGUUCAGAUUGUCAAAGCAGAUGAAAAGAAAGACUUAGAUGACAGCAUGUUUGCCAAAACUUCAACUCCAGAAGAAUGGAUUGCACAGGGAGACUACUAUGCUAAACAUCAGUUCUGGGAGGUGGCAGCCAAAUGCUACCAAAAGGGAGGAGCAGCUGAGAAGUCAAAACUGGCCCUGGCACAUGAUGCUGUUCUCAAAGUGCACUCAAAGAAAAGCAGCCCCAGGGAAAAACAGAUGGAAUAUAUGACAUUGGCUAAAACUUACUUGGAAUGUGGAGAACCAAAACUAUCACUAAAAUGUCUGUUUCAAUCAAAGGAGUUCCGGCUUUGUGCAGAACUGUGUAAAAAGUUAGGAAAGAUCAAAGAUGCUGCAGUUUACUAUCAGAAAAGCCAGUGCUACAAAGAAGCAUCUGAAUGUUAUGAACAAAUUGAGGAGUUUGAUCUAGCAAUUAAAAUGUAUUGUCAGGAAGAACUCUAUGAAGAAGCAGCAAAGGCAGUUGAAAGAUAUGAACAGAUGUUAAAUACAAAAGGACAAAUGGUUUCCAAACUGUCAUGUACAGCAAAUCAGUUGUAUUUGGAAGCAGCCGCGAAGUACCUGAGUAUGAACAGAACUGAGGAAAUGAUGCAAGUCCUCUCAAAACUUGAUAUAGAAGAUCAGCUUGAGUUUCUGAAGUCUCGUGGAUGCUUACACCAAGCAGCAGACUUAUUGAAAAGGGAAGGUCGAGAGGAAGAAGCUGCAAAGUUAAUGAAACAACAUGGGUUUGCUCUGGAGGCAGCCAACCUCACAGCUACAGAAGAGUUUCGUGCAUCAUGUCUGCUUGCUGCAGCACGUGCUAGUGUGACUCACGCUUCAGAAUCUGACCUGGUGGACGUGGAGGUCAUCCUAGAAGAAGCCCUCGAACUUUGUGAACAAACUGAGCAGAAGUCUGGCAUUGCUGAGGCUGUGUUUUUGCAGGGAGCUCUGAAGGGAGACUUCACAAAGCUGAGCAGUGCAUACAGUCAGUUCCUAUCUCUGAAUCAUUCAGCUGGUGCAGCUGAAGCUCUCUUUGCAUUAUCUCGCUGCAGCGCUCCUAGCCAGAACAUCCUCUUUAUGGCAACGCGCGGCUUAAUGGCUCUUCUGAGUCUGGUUAGGGGUUUGAAGAAAGCAGCCACCAAUGCAGAGAAAGAUAUGGUGAAGUCGUGCUUUGCCUAUUUUGGGAUUGUACCAACAGGUGACACUUGCCAGGUGUCUCAAAAUGAAGCUGAACCUAUUCUCAAGUUUUUGUCAGACAAGCCAAGUCUAAAAGAGAGGAAAACAAAAGGUGAUUUCUCAGUAAGCACAGAGGAGGUGAAAUCAGCUUUAAAGCAGCACUUGUUAAGCAGGUUGUGUUCUAUCACCCGUGAGUUACUAAACAAGCAUUACCCUGAUAUUUGUAUGAAGUUCAUUGCUGGCUUGAACUGUGAAGACAAAACCUGUAAGGGUUACCAUAAGCCCUUGUUGCGCCAUGAAGCAAAGACAAUAUUUCAAUGUAAAAUGCAUCUGGUGGCCAUAAAUGGACUGCUGUUGGAAGCCACACGCACUUUCCCUAAAGAGCUACUGAGUCAGUGCAAAACCUUUGAUGAUGUUUUGACUGCUGACAAAUACGCAUCGUGUAAAGCCCUCCUAGGAAUAUUUUUUCCUAAUCAUUUUCAUUUGAGAAUACUGUCUGAGAACCCAAAGGCAUGCAAAGAAAUACUGGAAUUCAGUAAUAUUAUUUCCAAACCCUGUAGAGCGAUGUUGAAGGAGUACAUCGCAUUUAAGUUUAAAAAUGAAGACACUGCAGCCAGAAGAGAAUCAACUGACUUGUGGCUAAGUGCCAUGCAAGUUUUCAUCUUAUCUUCGGGAUAUCCUGAAGAAUUUGAGAAACUUCUUUCCAAGGAAGAGGAUGAUUAUAACAAAGAACUAAACUUUGCUUUGUUAGAGGCAAAAAGCUCUCCAAAGACCAAAGGCCAAGGAGGAAAGGCCAAAGGAAUAGAGGGCAGACAUGGUAUGUUGCUACCUGACAAAAAUGCCGAAAAUGCAGGAAGAACACAUUUGUGCUUCAUUCGACUUCUUGAAAAUUCACUUGAGCAAUUCUAUGUUCAUAAGAACCCAGAAAACUGUAAAAGGUUUUUUUUCCGUUUUAUGAAUGUCCUGGUCAAGAAAUGCACAAGAUACCUGAUUCCAAGCAUAGGAAAUACUGUGAUGUUGUUGGAAUUCCAGUAUAUUCUCUGUUGUGCUGUCCUGAUGCGUCUCUCCAAGAACAUUACUCUCUGCUUUCCAAAGAGCUACAUUGCUCUCAUUCAUUACUGGGAGUUUUUGUUCAGAAGCAAGGACCAUAACAAAGAAGUUAGAGACACAUUUUCUAUUAUACAGGAGUACAGACCAAAGGAUGCAUAUGUAGCUGUGCAGAAUUUCACAUUUCAUCUCUGUUACCUAGCAGAAGUUUUGUGUGGAGUUCAUGGAAAGUUCAAUGUCCUUCUAGAUGCUUUCGAGGAUCCCGAUUGCAUAACUUCAGGGGAGGCUGAGCGGACUGUAGUGCUGUGCUUAGUGAUGCUACUGAAUGCUGACCAGGUGCAGAGUUCUAAACAUAGAGCCCUCUUAUGCCACCACUUUCCUGAAAUCAAGGUGAUGCUGAAAUCAAUGAGAAAAGACUCUCCCUCUAAAGUGCCUGAAAGAUUGCUGAGGGUUGUGGAACAAGUGAGUGAUGCUACACACACGAGAGAAAUCGUUGCAGGCCUUCAGGAGCUGCUGACAGAACGAGAUGCAGAGUACUUGGUUGACUGCCGAUGGAAGUGGGACUCUGUGUACACUCAGGGGCAUUCACCCAUAAGGGGCAUCCUGUAUGAAACCAUAAACCUUGACAGGUUUAUCACCUCUUUGGAUAAGACAGAAUACACUGACGAGCUAGAAAAGGAACUUGAAAGCGUUCAUUGCUUAGAGGACCAGAAGGAUCCCCUGGAAGUCAUUGCGCUCAGCAAGCAACAGAAACAAGAGCAGAAAGCAUCUGCUCGACGCCAGCUGCGUCGUGUCUUCCAUUUUGUUUCUCUGUGCAUGAAGUGGAAAAGGAAGGCCUGCUCCAAAGCUGACCAUGUUGCAAUGGAAGGAGAGGAAUUUUUAUCACAGAUCUUCAAAAAAGCAGAUAUUGACCAAACCCAGUGUGACCUCUGUGGAGUCAGAUUUAUCCAAAGCUCUGAGAACUAUUUCAGCCGUUCAGAAAGCGUGGAGGCAGACACUUCUGAAACUGUGACACCAACAGAGAACAGUGGUGAAGAAAAGUUGCAUGCAGAACAAAAUGCAGCUUCUGUGGCCAGUGAGGCUUACACAGAGCACAGAAACACAGAUGACCACAGAAAUAAUAAUGCUGCCUACAGAUACUACGCUGACUUUUUCAGAAGAAAGAUAGAUCCAGUAAUACAUGAUGGACUGGAAGUAGUGGAGGCCAUUACAGAAAAGACCUACACCCAAGACCAUUUAGCAUAUAAAGAAGGUUCCAACUUACGCCAGAGAAAAAUCAAAGAAAAUAUUAAGAAGAUUUCAGAUGCAGUAGAGGAAAUCUAUGAGAAAAAAGACUGGGCUAAAGCCGAAGAAAUAAUAACCAAACAUGCCAACAAACUGGUUGUCACCAUUGAUGAGGCUCAUAAGUGGCUGAAGAAAAUGGACUCUCACAGGAUAAAAGAAGGCUUCGUGCAUGAUAGAGACUUGGAAAAUGAGGUGGAAGAUGAAAGCAUGGCUUUUGAAGAACUUGUCUAUAAAAAACCCUCAAGAAAAAAAGGAAGAUGUGGGAAAUGGUAAUUGGAAAAAAUAUACAGGUGGCUAUUCUAUCCUCUUAACAAUCUAAUUUUAGAAUAAAAAAAAAUGUUAAAAAUGAAAAAAAAGAGGGAGAUGGGGUCAGAAAUUAGAAGAGUCUGAAGAAAAAGAGCAACCCUAGGUUAUUGGGUUUUUUAUCAUCUGUAUUGUGUCGGAAUAAUGCGGUGAUUGUGUAGUUAUUAAAACCUAUGACAUGACAAAUUUCCUUUCAGACCUAUGUAGUAGCUUGAAAGUAACAAAAAGCCAAAGGAGAAAAAAAAAAACAAAAAAAAAAAAAAAAACAAAAAAACAAUAAUGUUUCUGCCUUACCUCAGGGGUAUUUUUCCACUCGGUCUUCUUUUAUUCUUCCCUGUUAAUCUACAUCAUCAUUCUUCUGAGCUGGAAUACUCAGAAAAAUAGGAGGAUAGUUUCUCUGAUUUUAAGAGGUUUUAAUCAGUGCUUUUAGGUUACCAUUGUAAACCUACUGUGUUUUGAGUCUUGUUCAGUUUGGAAAUUUUUGAGUCUUCAGAUGAGAUAUUUACAAUAUCUUUUCUAUUUUUAUAAACAAGAACAGUAAUUUCUAAACACGUAUUUUUGACAGUGUACAUACUUAUAAUUAAAUAGGUAAGAAAGUUAUGGAUUGUCUUCUAUGUGAUCAAGUUUUGAUAUAAACCUUUACCUGUACAUAUUUGUUGUGAAAUAUAGAUAAUCUUUCUUUAAAAGACCAUUACACAUUUUAAGUGUUUUGUAAGUUUUAAUUCAUAAAGGGCUUUUUGUAAUGUAUAAUAAUGUUUUUAUAAAACCUGUAAGAUUUUUAAAAUCACUUGAUAUUGUCUUAUUUUUUUGAAUGCUUUCUGAAAGCCGUAUGUGACUGACUGCAUGUGUGAGAUUUACAAGUUGGGUCCAGAGUAUCAGUUCAUAUUGACGCUGGUUUACUUUUGUGAUUUCAGUGUCUCCAACAUCCUGCAGUCUCCUAUAACAACAUGUUAAAUUAAUGCAUUUGCAUGUUAAACAUAAUUAGUUAGAGUAUUAAUUAGUUGUUGAAAUAUUUUGCCUUGAAAAGGGAGCCACUUUGUAUACAUAACAAAUUGUUUCAAUAAUCAACCUUUUGCCAAAAACUUGAUAACUUGUUAUUAUGCUCAAUGCCGUGGAAGUGGGACAUUUUACAUGGGUAAAAAUGAAAUGCUACUGUAGAAUGGAGCAACGUGGGCAGCAGUAAUAGUUAUCUAUUGCACUGUAAUUGCUGUUGUCUACCAGAAGACUUAGUAAUAAGUUCUUCCUCUUAAAGAAGCCUUAUUGCUUAAACAAGCAUCUAGAAGAUAGUUUAAAACCAUACAUUGAUGAAAUGUAAUGCUAAUCACUUGCACUGUAUAGAAAUCAAGAAUUAAGAAAGUUGGAUCAUUAAUGUAACUUCUUUGGAUUUGUUUUCUAUAAUGAUUUGUGGUUUGUAUUUGAGAUUACUCCAAGAAACAUUCCUGAUAUAGUUUCUCGGCUUGAGUAUUUACAUUUGCAGCAGUAAAUGCUACCUAAACUUUUUAAGGACAAUUACAGUUUAAAAAUCCUUGCUGACCACAGUUUAAAGAUCUAGUGAUCAUACAUUUUCUUUCUUUUUAUGGGAAAAAUGAAGCUUUAAAAACAUCAUUGCAAUACACCAAGCAAAGAAAAAACAAAGAAGGAAAGGGGAGAAGUUAUAUUGCAUCAAGAACUUCAUCUCGGGUACAUUUCCUUGGUGCAGGGACCUGUGAUCCUUGGUAUGGUUCCGUAAAAACCACUGGUCAUUCUCUGACUUUGAAUCAGCACUCCCAGAUGGCAGUUACUUCCAUAGCAUGUGAAGUGCUGAAUGGCAAAUAAAUUUUAGGGCUUGUGGUUUCAGAGCUAUAUUAGGCCAAGAUUUCAGUAACAUUCAAGCAGAGAUGGGAAAUCUACUUACACCUCUAGUCCAACAUCAGUGCUUAAAGGGUUCUUUCCCCUAUGAUGGUGUGCAUAAAUAAACAUAAACCUUUCUUUUCCAUGUGAGUCUCUUCAGAUAAUAAUGAUCUGUGUGCAUUAAUCCUAUUUGAGUGGUUAAUUAGCAAAAAGGGCUUGUCCAGAUACACCCUUGUGGUUUGUUGUUUUGGGGUUUUAUUUAAAAAUCUUUCUCACCCCUGAUGGAGGCUCCAGUGUUCUGGCACCAGCUAAUGCCUUUGACUCAAAGGGCUUAAGAGCCAUGACAGUUGCCUUGGUAUGUGUGAGAUGCAUAUUGCACCGAAACCUUGGAACUGAGUAGUGGAUGCAGGCUGUCAAGCUAAUCCACCCACUUCUGCCUGUCUAAGCCAUGUUGAGUUGAAAAGAAUUUAGAAAAGGCUUCAAAAGCACAGGAACUGGUGACUUAAAAAAUCUCUCUCCCUGGUGAUACAAAAAUGACACCUAAAUGAAAAAGAAGAACAAACUAUUUACUGUAGUUGGAAGACAUGGCUGUGGUCUCAAAGAUGACAAUUAUCCAAAUUCCAGCAUCCUAAAGAAAAAAAUCUCUUGCUUGCUUGAACCUCUUAUUAAUACAGAUGACUGUAAGUGAUGGGUACUUUCCACCUUUUUCCUUUAUUCCUCUGAAAAACAUUGUUUCAUAAUAUUGCCCACAAUUUUAUUCCAAAACAUUUCCUAAUGAUUAGCUGUUACAAACUUUGACUUGGCAAAACAUUUAAACACUUGCUGGUUUUUAAGUAUUUGCUUUCAUUCCUAAAGGGAAGCCUUUUGCCUUUAUGCUCACUGAGAAUGUAGGAGGGAAGAAAUUGUCUUAUCUUAGUGUAAAUAAAAGGUUUUCCUGCCAGCAAUCCCCAUGACAUUAUUUGCUGAAUACCGAUUAUGAAACACCCUUCCUUAUAUGAAAGGGGACGACAGCCAUUGCUGCUGGCCUUCUACCUUUGUUGUUGGAGCAUUCAGUUUUCAUAAAAACCUUCACACCUGCACUUACUAAAGCAUCUCUGGGUCUUGCCGUGUAUUAAACGCAUGGUACAUAUAUUGUUCAGGCUUUCAGUUAGCAUGUAACUCAGAAAUGUAUUAGCAAAGUACCAGACAACACCUGUACUCUUUACUUGUUUAACUUGGUGUAGCAGGUGUCAGAAAUUUUGAAUGUCUUCACUAGUGCCCAUUUAUAAGAGCUGGUGUGGUGGGGAAUGGAACAGUUUACAUACUUUAUUUUGUAGUUUUCAUGACUCCAUUUGUAUGCCAAGAUUUCUGACUGUACACAUACUCAAAUAAAGUCAGUGUGAAACACUUAGGGUUAGAUACUUAAUACACCAAAGCAGUUGAAUUUUCAGAUUAAUAGCCAUUACAAACAAAUACUCUGUGAGAAUUAAAGCAUUUAUUUCAGUUUUCUGAUGUGGACUUCUGAUGCCUGUGAUCUGAGC